UGGAAAUCGUUAACUAUAUUGAUGAUGACUCUUAUACAUUACUAAUGAAUUGCAGCUAGUAAUUAUUAACUUCUCAUAACUAACCACUGAGCCUUGAUUGACCAUAAUUAGUAAUUGUGGGGAAUUUUAUACUGGAUUGACCAUACAACUCAAUCGAAAUGCUUGAAAUGGAAAGGAGAACAGAGUCAAUGAUCAUUCCAUUGCACCACAGAGGAAAAAAAAUCUGCAUUGAAUUUACUACCACACAUCUUCAUUCUGAUGUAAUUACCGCCACCAUAAAAGGAAUGUUGAAACUAGCUCAGGUGAGAUUGCUAGCUAAAUUCCACGGGAAAAAUUACCUAAAUUCCAGACUGAGCCCAGAACUCAUCACUCCCAAGCGAACUCCUGAAGUCACUGAUGCCUUCAGACGCAAGUGCCGAAAAAUGCAUAUGAAGAGAAACGAGGAAUGCAGUGGAAUCGUAGCGCUAAGGAAUUCCGUUGAAACGCAUGGUACCACGAGAGUUAAAUUUCCCCUACCUCAUGUAAUAGGUAAAAAGCGAUGCGAUUGGAGAACGUGGAGUCAAGGUGGUAGGGGAGCGAAAGUGAAGCUGCCACCAAGAAUGGGCAGGACGAGACACACCAAGGCCUCCAGUACUUCUCAACGUUUCACACGCACGAAGUACGUUUUACCGAGCAUUUGAUAAAUGUACUGGUACUGGCCAUGUUC